CUCCCCUUCCUUUCGACGGGUUGAAAUCUGGGCCACAACUCUAGAAUUCCUGUCACAGUCCAGGCCUUUCGAUUCAAAAAUGCAUUUUUCUUGUUUUCGAAACAUUGAAGACGCGUAAUUGAUUCUUGGGAGGAAUUCAGGAUCAUGAUUUUCAGGACUUCAGAGUCCAAUCGCCGUUGGGUUGCGUGGUCAAGAUUUAACCGGACAAUUGACUGGUGCUAGCUAGUUUGGUUCUGAUUCCAACAAAAGAAAGAUCGGAACUCCAUAGUUUUGUUACAAAUGCACGUUAGUUUCUUGCGAAUUUUGAAAUAGAUUGAUCCUCUUUUCUUCUUCUUCUUCUUCUUUUCUUCUUCUUUAAGAGUGGGAGUGACAUUCCCUGGAACUCUUGUAUUCAUUCCCCUCCUACUUCCAAGACGUUGGCUUUCCUGCUGAGAAGCACUGCAAGUCCGUCGUCUUCAGCCGUUGAUUGAGUUAGCCGAGUCCUGUGGGGCCAGUGUCAACCUGCUCUCACUAUUCGUCCAAUCCAAUCACUAAAAAUUAGUGGCAGACAAUGAAUGCUCAAAUAAUGAAUUAUCCGACGUCCAGUUUUACCUUCCCUUAUCCAGAUGUCCCUUUCAGGAUUCGGACAAAAUCUCCCCUAGUGGCACGCAUAACGACCUUCUCGCUCUCCCUCUCGCUCUAACGAAGCCCAGCACUCCCAGAAAAGCUUCCUGUCUAGCUACUAGCGAGCCCAUCGAGCCCGGCAUUGAAGAAAUGAUUAGUCUCAAAAUGGCUCAUCUACUCUUCUUCUCACAUUCUCCCACACCUCGCUCUUUGGGCUUUUCUCGAUUCUUCCAUUUCUCCUCCAAACCUUUCCUGUCAAAUGAAAUUUCUACUCCAAUUCGUGAGCCGAAGCGAAGGCCGACGCAGCACCCGAUACUUUCCAAACAUAUCUCACCGUCUGGUUCUUUGUCCGACGAUUUCGUCAUCUUGGAAACAACCGAGUGUUCCGAUGGCAGUGUGCUUUUCCGGUUUGGAAAUGCUAGUGAGGUCGAGAAAAUCCAUGAGAAAAAGACCAUUAAUGACUCUGGACAUAAUUUAUGCAAACAAACUGAAGUGGACGACCUUGUUGAUCAGAUCUCUGAAUGUAGAGAGGAUGGUGAUGUUCGUGAUACUAAUAUUAGCGUGGUAGAAAACGUAAGCGAUCCUAUGUCAGAAUUGAGGAAAGGAGUGUUCGAAGGCACUGUAUCCAAAUUGGCAUCUUCUGCAUCUGACUUCACUUCUGAAGUAUCUGGUAGUUAUGGUUCAGAAAGAAGUAGCAUGGAGAAUGCUCAUAUUGGGGUUGCUUGUCCCUCAAUGGAUGACAAGGAUCUUAGCAUUGAUAAAAUGACGAAUGAUGUAAACGGGGGAAAAAGUGAUGAAGGUGACGUGACUGAGGUAAUGGAAGUGUCCGCACCAUUAGCGACCGAAUCGAUUCUAAAUGAGAAGACAGCGGAUGAAUCUGUUGAUGUAGAUAAAAUUGAAAGCUCAAUAGUGCUAGAUGAGAGUGCCCCUUCCUCAGAAUGGAAGGAAGAAUUCAAUGCAUGUGAUACACAUGGAAGCAAUGUUUCUGGAUUUACAAAUUUUGAAGCAGUAAACUUGCCUUCCAUCGAGAGUAUUCCGACUGGGGAGGAAAUAUCUACAGCAGGAUUUUUCCUUUACUCUGGUGCUGCUUCAUUGCCAUAUCCCUCUAAGGCAUUGACAGGUGGAGGAGAUGCUUACUUCGUUGCUGUCAGGAACUGGCUUGGUGUGGCCGAUGGAGUUGGGCAGUGGUCACUGGAAGGUGUUAAUACUGGACUAUAUGCCCUUGAGCUGAUGGAGAACUGUGAAAAGAUUGUGUUGGAUCCCAAAAGUGCUCCAGUGAUCAAACCAAAGGAGCUACUUAUAAGAAGUGCUGCAGAAUCACAAUCUCCUGGAUCAUCUACUGUUUUGGUCGCUUACUUUGAUGGUCAGGUCCUGCAUGUGGCCAAUAUUGGAGACUCAGGACUUAUAGUAAUAAGAAAUGGUGCUGUUCUUAAGAGAUCAUCCUCAAUAGUCUAUGACUUCAAUUUUCGGUUACAGAUUAAGAGAGGCGACAAUCCCUCAGAUUUCAUAGAGUGCUACAAGAUUGAUCUGGAUGAGGGAGAUGUGAUUGUCACUGCAACUGAUGGCCUUUUUGACAAUUUGUACGAGCUAGAGAUUGCUUCAGCUAUAUCAGAGUCACUGCAAACGAGUUUGGAACCUCAGGAUAUAGCAGUGUACUUGGCCACGAGAGCUCAAGAGGUGGGGCAGUCAACACGUGCAAGGACUCCAUUUGCAGAUGCAGCCCAGGCAGCAGGGUAUGUGGGAUGUACUGGUGGCAAGCUCGAUGAUGUGACUGUCAUUGUUUCAUUGGUGCAAAGGAGAUCCAGCUCUGACUCGCACAGGCUGAGACUCUUUUUAGACCUUUGGAUUUUACACACAAGUCGUCAUACUGCAGUGAACAAGGAACUCACCCGAUUAGAACAAGUACGAAUUAGCCGUGGCAUUUCCAGUCAGUGGAUUAAAUAUACACGGACUUGACACUGAUAGUUAAGAUGCCGUGAAGUUGAGAGCAAGGUUCUGUUCUUUGAUUCUAGGUUUUAUUGCUAUCGAUAUCUAUACCAGCAGCAGUUAAUGAGGCUUGGAUUUCCUUAAAUUGAACGCCUAAACA